GAACUACAAAAUGGCGUCCUACUGUCUGACUGUAACCAGGCUCCGGUUGGUUCUAGGAACUGGGGCAAAACGGUUUCAUGCCUCCGCUGUCUUCAGUGCCAAGGCCAAGGUGGCCAUGAGCCGCUUUGAGCCAGGUUCCUGCCUUGGUUAUGAGAAGAUGCAUGAGAACAUCAAUGUCGUACGCAGGAGGCUCAGCAGGCCUCUGACCCUGUCAGAGAAGAUUGUUUACGGCCACUUGGAUGAUCCAGUAGGACAGGAGAUCGACCGUGGUCGGACUUACCUGCGCUUGCGUCCUGACCGCGUGGCCAUGCAGGACGCCACGGCCCAGAUGGCCAUGCUGCAGUUCAUUAGCAGCGGCCUGCCAAAGGUGGCCGUUCCCUCCACUAUCCACUGCGAUCACCUGAUUGAAGCUCAGACAGGAGGAGCUCAGGACCUACAGAGGGCGAAGGAAAUAAAUGAGGAAGUCUACAACUUCCUUGCAACUGCUGCAGCAAAAUAUGGGGUUGGCUUCUGGAAACCAGGCUCAGGAAUCAUUCAUCAGAUCAUCCUGGAGAAUUACGCUUAUCCAGGGGUGAUGCUUAUCGGCACAGACUCCCACACUCCUAACGGCGGCGGCCUUGGCGGCAUUUGUAUUGGAGUUGGUGGGGCCGAUGCUGUAGACGUCAUGGCUGGAAUCCCAUGGGAGCUUAAGUGUCCCAAGGUGAUAGGAGUGCGACUGACUGGAACGCUCUCUGGUUGGACCUCCCCGAAGGACGUCAUCCUUAAGGUCGCCGGUAUUCUGACUGUUAAAGGCGGCACAGGGGCAAUUGUGGAGUAUCACGGGCCUGGAGUUGACUCCAUCUCCUGCACUGGAAUGGCCACUAUCUGCAACAUGGGUGCUGAAAUCGGAGCUACCACAUCCGUUUUCCCCUACAACCACCGCAUGAAGACGUAUCUGGAGAAAACCGGCCGCGGAGAAAUUGCGUCAGUUGCUGAUGAGUUCAAAGAGGACCUGGUGCCCGAUGAGGGCUGUGAAUAUGACCAAGUCAUCGAGGUCAACCUUAGUGAGCUUAAACCUCACAUCAACGGACCGUUCACCCCUGACUUGGCCCACCCCGUGUCUGAGAUCGGGGCCGUAGCUAAGAAGAACGGCUGGCCCCUGGAGGUUAAAGUAGGUCUGAUCGGCAGCUGCACCAACUCCAGCUAUGAAGACAUGGGCAGAGCUGCGUCUGUCGCCAAGCAAGCUCUGGAUAAAGGAGUGAAGUGCAAAGCCCAGUUCACGGUUACACCGGGCUCAGAACAAAUCCGAGCUACCAUCGAGAGAGAUGGAUAUGCCAAGAUCCUGAGUGAUGUUGGAGGAAUCGUUCUUGCUAACGCUUGUGGUCCCUGCAUCGGCCAGUGGGACAGGAGGGAUGUUAAAAAAGGAGAGAAGAACACCAUUGUGACAUCUUUCAACAGGAACUUCACGGCCAGGAAUGAUGCCAACCCAGCUACUCAUGCUUUUGUGACUUCUCCUGAGAUCGUCACUGCUCUGGCUCUGGCCGGGGACCUCAGCUUCAACCCAGAGACUGACUAUCUGAUUGCCAAAAGUGGGGAGAAAUUUAAGCUGGCACCCCCCACCGGUGAUGAGCUUCCAGCCAGGGACUUUGACCCAGGCCAGGACACUUACCAGCACCCCCCUGCAGAGAGCAGCUCGGUCAGGGUAGAUGUGAGCCCCUCCAGUAACCGUCUUCAGCUGCUGCAGCCUUUUGACAAGUGGAAUGGGAAAGAUCUGGAGAACAUGAGGGUCCUCAUUAAGGUUAAAGGAAAAUGCACCACAGACCACAUCAGCGCUGCUGGACCUUGGCUGAAGUACCGCGGCCACCUGGACAACAUCUCCAACAACCUGCUUAUAGGUGCAGUGAACAUCGAGAACGGUGCUGUCAACAAGGUAAAGAACCAGCUAACCGGAGAGUAUGGAGGCGUUCCAGAUGUGGCUCGCCACUACAAGGCCAACGGUGUGAGCUGGGUGGUGGUUGGAGAUGAGAACUACGGAGAGGGAUCCAGUCGGGAGCAUGCUGCCCUGGAGCCACGACACCUGGGAGGACGCGCCAUCAUCGUCAAAAGCUUCGCCAGAAUCCACGAGACCAAUCUGAAGAAGCAAGGCCUGCUGCCGCUGACUUUCGCCAAUUCCAGCGACUACGACAAAAUCCGCCCAGAUGAUAAGAUUUCAAUCACCGGCCUCAAGUCCUUCGCCCCUGGCAAGCCGCUGACAGCUGUGAUCAAGCACAGCGACGGAGGCGAGGAGUCCAUCUCUCUGAACCACAGCUUCAAUGAGACGCAGAUCGAGUGGUUCAAGGCCGGCUCAGCUCUCAACAGGAUGAAGGAGCUCCAGUAGAAAAAUGGCAGCCAGGUCUGGAUCAAGUUCAUCUGUAGUCCUCCUUCAAGAUACAUCACUCAUGCAUUAAUAAGGUCGCUGUAUCGAUAGAAAGCGCACACACGAAUACAUUUACCCUCCAGCUUUACUAGCUGAAUUGCACAAUUUGAAUCUAACUAGCACAGAAUAUAAACAGAAAUCCCGGUUUCUUCAGCAUAUUUUCCUCCUUUAGUAUUCAGUUCACUUUUAUAUGCUCCACCAGAACUGGAACCACUGCUGCAUCUGAAACAGUCCAAUUACACCAGCAUAUGUUGAAAGAUUUCAUUGAAGUCUGACGUAAUCAAACAAGAAAGUAAAUGUGUUUAAUGAAAAAAAAAAACUUGAAGCUUUAAAAUCUCUUAGAACUCAAUCCACUCCAAGAUUAUUCUUGUUUUUCC